AUGACUGAUUUAAUACCAAUAGUACAGUUCCCGCAGUUCCCACAGUACAAAGUAUUAGCGUGUCUUGUGGAAAAUCUUUCGAAAGAAACCAUCGCAAACAUUAAGUUGCAACUAAGAAGCGCAAAUGAAGCCUAUGACUACUGUUUCUGUAACACGAAACUCAUUAUAUCGAUGGAGCAUCUCUACAACAGUAUACACAAGUCAAUUAGCAAUUAUGAGAGUGGGACGAUGCAAUCAAAUACAUUAUACGCGGAAAUUUUACUAAAUUUAUCACCAGUCAAUGUCAUUUCCAAUGCCAUAAAACGAUUUGGAAUUCUGGAAGACUGCUCAAGUGUAAUAGUGAUUAAAAUUUUAAAGAAUGGCAACUAUGAAGCAGGACAAGACCUGUUGCAAUUAGAAAAAGAGUUGGAACUGAUCGAGCUGAUUACCAAAGAGAAACCUCUAAAAAUUACAGAUCAUAAACUUUAUCAGCUCGUCGAUCUACCCAAAUUUAGGAAAAUUUACAAAUUGAAUGAUGCAAAAUUCGAGGAUCCAAAUAGUCAAGGCAAACUCACAAGAUUGGCAAUCGGUGCUUGUAUUUUAAGAGGAUACUAA